AAUGAUUUGAUGCUAGAAUGUCCCUUCUGUAUGAAACACGGUUCGAAUGUAUUUGUACAUAAAAUAUAUACUUGCCUGAAGAUAUAUAUUAAAAAUUACCUGGACAAAAUCUAAAUACACAAACACACUAGGCAUUUUUUAUGAAGAAAGCAUGAGGGAAUAGAGAAAGAGAGAAAAAAUACAAAUAUGAAGGUAUUGUUUACACUGGCAGUAAUUUGUUUACAGUUAGGUGUGUUAAAGACCUUAGUAAACGAGGACGAAGAUUUUGACAUUAAGGUAAAUAAUGACAAGUUUACUUUACCGGACGAAGAAAAGAAGGAGUUAGCUAAGGAGGAGGGAGCUCUGCACCAAUCAAAACGAUCGCACAUACGAAACCACAUAGGUGAGAAAAGGAAAAACAUCCCAUUUGCUCCUGAAGUUACUGCCGAUGAUAUUAAACGCCAGUCGUUGGAGCACCCGAUCGUACAUGCUUACGUUUCAGACAGACCAAAGAACACGAAGCCACAUAAGAAAACGGUAAUCCCUGCGGGGAAGAACUUAGUUUAUGAUAUUCAUGAUGGCCCUAAUGAUGGAUACGCUGAACUAGACCAUGAUGUGUCAAAACGUUUUGAAUUAUAUCCAAAAUGGUUUUCGCAUAAAAUCCCACGGUUGUUCGGAAAACAUUUUGCUAAACGGUAUUACCAUCCAUUUGGCACGGUUUCAAACAGAGAUCAGAUCGCUCGGAGUAAAGUAAAAACUGCAACUGGUUCAAAGAGAAACUAUCACAUGUUGCCAGCAUCGUGGAUGCACUCACCACAGUUGGGAAAUUAUCAUCAUAACCAUAUUACUAUAAAUGAAUCACCGAAAGAAUUUAUGGAAAUGCAACCAGGUAGAAUAGCACCUGUAGGGCCUCCGAGAGGACCGUCUUUAAAUCUCGCAAACGCGGUAGGAGAGAUUGUUGAUAUUCCUGAUAAUAAUGGAGAUAAUGCAGAAAAUAAUAAUAUAGAUGAUCACUUGGAUGAUGAUCUUAGGGAGAUACCACACACGUUAAUGCAUCACUUAAAUCCUGAUGAAUACGCACCCGCAUAUGCAAAUCAUCCAGAUGAUCAUUGGUUAGAUUAUGGAGCACUUCCACAUGGUCAUCACCAUCGGCAUCCAGAAAAUCCAUGUCUUCAUGCACCAUGCUUGAAUGGUGGAAGUUGUCACUUUUUACACAGUGUUCCAGUAUAUCAUUUUAAAUGUAACUGCAGACAUGGUUUCUCUGGCCAUUAUUGUGAACAUACUCCAUUUUCAUGUCAUCCAAACCCUUGUCAACAUGAUGGAAUAUGUACAAAAACAACAACUGGAUUCUUCUGUUCAUGCCCGCAAGAUUAUAAAGGACAUAACUGUCAAAUUCAAAGUGCCUGCUUACAAAAUCCAUGUUUAAAUAACGGUGCUUGCACAGAGACAGCUGAUGGUUUCAUCUGUCAAUGUGAAAAAGGUUUCACUGGUCAAAAUUGCAACGAAAAGGUCAGUCUUUGUGCAGCAAAUCCAUGUGCAAAUGGUGGUACAUGCAAAGAAUUAGAGGAUGAAGGAAGAUUUGAAUGUACGUGCCCCAGUGGCUUUGGCUGUGUUGAUUGUACAUGUCCAGUUGCAAUUACUUCAAGCACCCCAGCUGCAAUUGUUGUACCUGGAGUGGCACCAGCAACUUCAUUGACUGUGGCGACUGGUGCUGUAUGCCCAGAUAAUGCAUGUAAAAACGGCGGUACUUGCGUGAAAAGUUAUUCUGGAUUUAGUUGUAACUGUCCACCUGGUUUUCAUGGAAUGGAUUGUUCUACACCUGACCUUUGUACGCCAAACCCAUGUGAAAACGCUGGUGUAUGUGUUCAAGAUGGUGAUGAAAACUAUAAAUGCGUUUGUCCUUAUGGCUUCAAAGGAGCUGACUGUCAGACUCCAUUAGCUUGUUCAAGUCAUCCAUGCAUGAAUGGAGCAACCUGCAUGGAGACUCCAGAUGGUUUUCAUUGUAAAUGUGCUACAGGCUACAAAGGAAAAAAGUGCACUGAUCUCAGUCCGUGCAGUAGAAACCCAUGUAUGCACAAAGCCACUUGCCUUGAGAAAGGUUCUCUUUACACCUGUACUUGCAAAAUUGGAUACCGAGGUAAAAGCUGUCGUGACAAAGAUCCUUGCGUUCCUAAUCCAUGUGGUGGUAAUGGUAUGUGCGCAGAAGUAAAUGGAAUCACCACAUGUAAUUGUACCCGUGGAUGGAUGGGAGAAAUGUGUGAGAUUGAAAACCAGUGCCAAGCAAACCGCUGUUUGAAUGGAGCAACGUGUGUUCAUACAUUGGAAGAGUUCAAGUGUGUUUGUCCUGAAGGUUUCCAUGGCACCAAUUGUGAAUUUCGAUCACCUUGCCACACAAGUCCAUGUGAAAAUGGAGGGAUUUGUGAAGCUUCUGGUAGCACUUUUGUUUGUCGCUGUGGUGCAGGUUUCCAUGGUGAAAGAUGUCACUUAAGCAGUCACUGUCAUCCGAAUCCUUGUCAUAAUGGCGGUCGAUGUUUUGAUGGUGAUGAAGAUUACAUAUGUGAGUGCCCACACGCUUUCACCGGAAGAUUAUGUGAAGAGAGACAUUCUUGCAUGUCAGAACCAUGUAUGAAUGGUGGUCAUUGCAUGGAAAUGGAUGACGCCUAUCAUUGCAAAUGUCGUCUUGGAUACUUUGGAAGAGAUUGCAGUGAUUACGUAUGUGAACAAAACCCAUGUCGAAAUGGUGGAACUUGUAUGCCAGCAAACACAGAAAUAGGUUUUGCAUGUGAAUGUGUUUUUCCCUACCAUGGUCAUCGAUGUGAUGAGGUCGACCCAUGCAUCCCCAACCCUUGUAAAAAUGCUGGCACCUGUCACAGUCAUCUACAAAGAGUACGAGAUGUCAACUAUCAUCUUGGUCCAGUGUUUCAUGGCACUGAUGAAAAUGUUGUAUCGGUGGUCGGACCAAUUCACAAUGAGACAGUACAUCAUGCGCCGUACUAUGACGAAGCCUCACAUGCAGUCAGUUACCUUCCUGAUGCUCAGCUGCAGACCAAUGAAGUCAAUCACUUCCAUUUGACGUCAGAUACGCCUUCCAAAGUAUAUGAUGACCAACUGUACCAUGCUCGCACUGAAGAUGAUGACGACAAUAUUGGACACUCUGGUCAUAUCAUUGAUCCUCAUAAGAAGCACGAAUCUGCAAAUCAUUACCAUGUUGAACAGUAUCCAGACGAUGGUGGGCAUAGCAUCAGACGAUCCCAUCGUCCAAUUGACGAAGAAGAAGCCGAAAGGAGGACGUUUAAAGUGCCACGUCAUCAUCAUCUGAUCGUCAGCGAAGUCGAUGGCAUUUUAAAACGAAGAUCGAGAAUAAAACGAAAGCACAUUUUAAACCUUCACAGACGUCAUAAAAUUAUCGACGCCGUCCCGAAAGUAACGAUAAAUGUGCGAAAUAAAGCGACGUCGGAGUUGAUCAAACGAACAAUCCACGAUUUAUACGUUUGUCAAUGUAGCGAUGGUUACUUGGGAGCCCACUGUCAACGUAUGUCAUAAUGUUCGCUCCUCCUCGGGUGCUGUGAAAGGGAUUCUGAAAAUUGGAAAGUUUAUUUUCCACUGUCUUGCUUGAGAAAAAUUAAACAAAAAAAAUUGGAUAAUUAAAGAUAAUAAAAAAAUCUUAUAAACUGUGCGAUUUAGUAUGCAGUAUUCGAUUUUCAUAUGGCUUUUUAAAACCUAAAAAUGAAAAAAUAAAAGAAGUAAAAAUUUUUCCAACAUCACAAAAAGGAAUAUUCAAAACUUUUAAAUUUUCAAAAUUAACGGCAAAGAAAUGAAUAUUUCCAGUGGAGACUUAUUUUCCGAAUUUCUUACCUAAAACUGUCCAAUUUCCGUAUUUUACACAACUAAAAGCAAUUGUUCAGGAUCCCUUUGGCAAUUUGAAUAAAAGCAUUCAGAGUUAGCGUAGAAACAUAUGGUCAGUUUUGGUCUCUUGAUUUUUAAUUUUAUUUUCUACUUUCCGUCAUCAUGCUUUUGUUCAAAUUGGUGAGGGGUGAACAUCCUGACAUAAUCACGCAUACACAAAACGUUUUUUCACAUACAUUCAUGACCACACGACACAGACACACUAACUUUACAUCUCACUGGAUAUGUUUCAAACCUUCAAAAGUCUUCUAACACUUCAUAAAAAGGUGUUUUUAUUCUUUGAGACUAAAAAAAUAUAUCCUGUAAACUACAUAAAGACUGUACCAAGAGGAGAUUGGAACGGUACAAAUUAGCACUAGCCGUGCGCACUAUGACUUUACGUGUGACGACAUCAUUCACAUAUACACAUUUCGUAUUACUUGAAAGAAAAGUUAUCUUUUUAAUUUAAAAUUUUAUUUAUGGAUUUUAUGUUCAAAUAAUAUGUUUUAUUAUCGGACAA